AAGGUCUAGAGCAGGAUGCAGGCUGGACUCCAGGCCCAGCCCCUUGAGCUGAUGGUUCCCUGUCAUUUCCCAGCCUCUGGGAAGAGCUACCCCAUCUCCCGGGAGAGAAACGACUCCGACGAGGAGGGGACCAGGAGGCAGGAGCGCCGCUCCACCAGAGUCAGGCAGGCCAGAGCUGCCAAGGCCCCGGAGGGUACCCAGGCCGUGGGGCUGGAGGAGCGGGAGGCGACCCCAAGGGGCCGGAGGAGUGCGCCACGGCCCGCCCUGAAGCUGGAGGAGGAAGAGGAGGAGGAGGAAGAGGAGGAGGAGGAGGAAGACGACGAUGAGGAGGAGGAAGAGGAGGACGAGGAGGAGGAGGAGGAGGAAGCAAAGGAUCCAGAGGGGAAGGAGUCUUCCCGAGGGAUGGGGGAAGCCUGGCCCCCAGGCCCUCAGGCAAGCAGCUCACCCCAGGAAAUCAGGGGGUCCUGGCAGGAAAAGGGGGGGCUCAUGGCCCCAACACUCCAACAGACAAGAGUGCCCAGAUCCCCAGCACCCCAGGAAGUGGGGGGGGCCAGAUCUCCAGCACCCCAGGAAGUGGGGGGGCCUGAGGCCCAGGGAAUGGGGGGCCCCAGAUUACCAGGGCCCCAAGGAAGGGGGUCAGCCCAGGUUCUGAUGCCCCUGGAGACAGAGGGGCCCGGAGGUCCUGAGUCCCAGGAAAGGGGGGUGACCAGGCCCUCGGAACCCCAGGGAAGUUGGACAGCUGUGACUCCAGCCCCCCAGGAGAAGGGGGAGCCCAGCCCACCGGCCCCUCAGGAGAAGGGGGAGUCCAGCUUGCCAGAUCCCCAGGAAAAGGGGGAGUGCAGCCCAAUGGUCCCCCAGAAGGAGGAGGAGCCCAGCCUGCCGUCCCCCCACGAGAAGGGGGAGCCCAGCCUGCCGUCCCCCCACGAGAAGGGGGAGCCCAGCCUGCCCUCCCCCCACGAGAAGGGGGAGGCCAGCCCGACGGCCCCCCAGGCAAAAGGGGAGGCCAGCCCACCGUCCCCCCAGGCAAAAGAGGAGGCCAGCCCACCGUCCCCACAGGCAAAAGGGGAGGCCAGCCCACCGUUCCCCCAGGCAAAAGGGGAGGCCAGCCCGACGGUCCACCAGGAGAAGGGGCAGCCCAGCCUGAUGGCCCCCCAGCUGAAGGAUUCCCCAGAGAAGAAGGGAGCAGCUGGGGUCCAGGAUGACAAGGGGGCCCCCCAGGAGGAGGCAGAGGGGCCCCCUGAGAUCUCACAGGAACGGGGGGCAUCUGCAACCCCCGGCUCCCCAACCCCUCCCCAGCUGUCAGAAGGGGAGGCACCGAUGGUGCCUCCUGGGGAGGAUGAGCCACCUCCCCCACUGCUGACCAAGGAGGCCCCCCCCAGUCAGAAAAGGCCGUCAGGGGCCCACCCAGCAUCACCUUCCCCUCCCCCUCAGCGCCGGCGGAGGGGUGGGUCCAACUCAGACUCCGACUCAGACUCCACCUCCUCCGGGUCCCACUCCAGCCGCUCCGAGUCGCCCACCAGGAAGCGCCAGGCCUCGCGCUCCAGCUCCAGCAGCAGCAGGAAGUCGCACAGCCCUGACGCCUUGUGGGCUGGCCCCAGUUCCCCACGCACCAAAGAACCCUCCCCGGCAGGACAGCAGGAGGCGCCAGAGAGUCCCAUGGCAGAGGGCAGACCGGCCCCCUUGCCCCCACCGGCCCCCCAGAGACGCCCCAGCCACGGGCACCGGCACAGCCCGUUGUCGCAGCAGGGCAGCUCAGAGACCCCGGGGGGCCCAGCCAGGGCAGUGCCCACGGGGGACCCACCGCGCCAGGCAGAGCAGAGGCAGCCUACGAAUAACCAGGAGGAGAAGGAGGAGGUGCCUAUGGAGUUGGAGCCCCACCAGGCCGGCGCCAGCCCCCCGGCCGGCCUCCCUGCUCAGCCCCCCGGCCCUGACGAGCGCCCCGACGGGGGCCCCGAGGACGAGGAGAGGAAAGAGGCUGCGGCGCAGCACAAAGCCUUCAAGAGGAAGAUCUCCGUUGUGUCAGCGGCCAAGGGGGCAGCAGCGGGGAACAGUGACACGGAGGGCAGCCAGUCGGGAGGGCGCAAGCGGCGCUGGGGGGCCAGCACGGCCACCACCCAGAAGAAGCCGUCCAUCAGCAUCACCACCGAGUCGCUUAAGAGCCUGAUCCCCGAGAUGAAGCCGGUGGCGGGGCAGGAGGCGGUGGUGGAUCUUCACGCCGACGACUCCCGCAUCUCGGAGGACGAGGGGGAGCGCCACGGGGAGCCGCCCGCCCAUGAGAAGGGGCUCAAGAUCUGCCGGACGGUAACGCAGGUGGUGCCAGCCGAGGGGCAGGAGAACGGGCAGGGCGAGGAGGAGGAGGAGGAGGAGAAGGAGCCCGAGGAAGAGCAGCCCGAGGCCCCACAGGUCACAGCAGAGUUACCGCUGCCCCCGCCUGUGGAGCAUGAAGUCAAGAAAGUGACACUCAGUGACACCCUGACGCGCCGCUCCAUCAGCCAGCAGCGCUCGGGCGUCUCCAUCACCAUCGAUGACCCUGUGCGCACGGCCCAGCUCCCGUCGCCCCCCCGCGCCAAGCCCAGCCCCAUUGUGCAUAUCUGCAACCUGGUGCGGCCCUUCACGCUGGGCCAGUUGAAGGAGCUGCUGGGCCGGACGGGGACACUAGUGGAAGAAGCCUUCUGGAUCGACAAGAUCAAAUCACACUGCUACGUCACAUACUCCACGGUGGAGGAGGCUGUGCUGACCCGCAACGCCCUGCACGGGGUGAAAUGGCCCCAGUCCAACCCCAAGUUCCUGUCCGCUGACUUCGCCGAGCAGGAUGAGCUGGACUUCCACCGGGGGCUGCUGCCAGAGCGGGUGGUGGAAGCAGCAGCGGCGGCCCCGGGGGCCGGGCCAGCCGGAGGGCGCGGGGGCCGGCGCUCAGCCCCCCGGGAGCGCUCGCGGGAGCCGGAGCGGGCGGUGCGGGAGCAGUGGGCGGAGCGGGAGCGCGAGAUGGAGCGGCGGGAGCGCACACGGGCCGAGCGCGAGUGGGACCGCGACAAGGUGCGCGAGGGGCCCCGCUCCCGUUCCCGCGAGCGCCGCCGCAAGGAGCCGCCCAAGGCCAAGGAGAAGAAGGGCGAGAAGAAAGAAAAGGCCCCGGAGGAGCCCCCUGCCAAGCUGCUGGACGAUCUCUUCCGCAAGACCAAGGCCGCCCCCUGUAUCUACUGGCUGCCCCUGACCGACACCCAGUUCGUGCAGAAGCAGGCUGAGCGGGCAGCCCGGGCGCGGGAGCGCGAGCGGCGCCGCAAGGAGCUGGAGGAGGAGGAGUUGCGCCAGCGGGAGCGGAGCCGCCAGGCCGAGCGGGACAAGCGACGGGAGCACAGCCGGGAGCGGGGGGCCGGGGGCGCCCCGGGGGGGGCAGGCGGUGCUGAGCGGGGGGGCCGGGAGCGACGGGAGGCCAAGAGGCACAGCCGGAGCCGGAGCCGCAGCACCCCAGUGAGGGACCGCGGGGGGCGCCGCUGAGGCCCCGUUGGCCAGCUGUGGGGGAGGCAGGCCCAGCCCCCCAUGGGGCCACCCUGGGGCUCUACCGGGGGCUGCUGGAUUACUGAGUCGGAUAAUUCUGCCUCCCCCGGGCAGAUCCACCUUCUCCCGCUGCCCCCCCGGGGCAGAUUAUCCCCCCGAACCCCAUUAAUUUGUAUUUUAUUUUGGGACAAAUGUUUUUUUAUUCUGCUGUCGCUGGGAAUCGAGAGGAAUAAAAGCCGGAGUUAGUUUCAUA